AUGAACUACGACUGGAUUCUAGAUGGCGGCUACCUGCCGCACGCCGUGAUCCGUGUCGGCAUCCGGCGUCAGUUGGCCGCGCGCAUCGCCAUGUCGACCACCACGUCGCUCGAGGCCGACUACGAGCGCAAGAUGCGCUACAUUGAGCUGCUGCGGACGCGGCCCAUCGCCGUGGAGACGGCGACGGCCAACUCGCAGCACUACGAGGUCGGCACCGGCGUGCUGGCCGCCUGCCUGGGCCCGCGCAUGAAGUACUCGGCUUGCCUGUACCCCAAGGGAGGCGAGACCCUUGCGCAGGCAGAAGUCGCCAUGCUAAGGACGUACCUCGAAAAGGCCCAGCUGGAGGAUGGCAUGGACAUACUCGACCUCGGGUGUGGCUGGGGCUCCGGUGCGCUCUUCUUCGCCGAGAUGCUGCCCGGCGCGAGGAUCACGGCGUUUUCCAACUCGAGGACCCAGAAGGAGUAUAUCGACUCCAAGGCACAGGAGAAGGGUCUCACAAACUUAAAGGUCAUCACGGGCAAUAUUGCCGAUUAUGAGUUUGAACACAACACUUUCGACAGGGUGGUGUCCAUCGAAAUGUUUGAGCACAUGAAGAACUAUGAGUUGCUGAUGGCCAAGGUCUCUCGAGCCCUCAGGCCCGGUGGAAAGCUAUUUGUCCACAUUUUUGCCCACAAAGACAGCCCCUAUGACUUUGAAGAAGGCUGGAUGUCCACGCACUUCUUUACUGGCGGUACCAUGCCAUCGGCAGACUUGCUUCUUUAUUUCCAGCGCGAGAUGAAGAUCGAGAAACAGUGGUGGGUGAAUGGCAAGCAUUAUUCGAAAACCUGCGAGGAUUGGCUGGCCAAGAUGAUCAAGAACAAGAAGGAGAUAUGGCCUCACCUUGUGGAAACUUACGGAGAGGCAGAUGCUGCGACUUGGUAUAACAGGUGGCAGAUAUUCUACAUGGCAUGCUCAGAGCUGUUCAACUAUGAGAAUGGAGAUACUUGGGGAGUAGCGCACUACCUCUUUGAGAAUGUAAAGCUUACAGAGGCUAAGAAGGCGGGGGAUCCGGAGUAG